AUGUUUCGUUUUAUUACCCCUCUGCGCAGUACUUCCCUGCCAAUUAUUGAUGAGAACCAGUUGCCACCUCCAGAAGUCACAUAUAAUUCAGAACGAGGGGUGAAAACAAUAGUGCAACAUUACUUUAAUGAAGACGGUGAUCUUAUAAAGGAAACAAGAGAGUAUCGCACAGAAAAACGCAUCGUCGCCGCCCGAAUCGCUCAGCGAACAAAAUGGGCAAAGUUUGGUGCGGCUAAGAAUGAUCCUCCAGGAGGGAAUUCGGCCAACACUUACCCAGCUGAACUUGUGACCAUGCAGUUGAUUCAGGCUAGACAGCCGGAACAGGAUCAGGACCGAUCAGAAGAAGAUGCCCUCAAGGCUAAAAAUCGUGUACAGCAGUCACUGUGUCGAUUUUGUAAAGGUAGUCAUUUUUCCCACAAAUGUCCGAACAAAAGCGAUAUGGAGGCCAUGGAGGCGUUACGAGAGAAACUCAAAUCCAAGACAGAUCCUGCCGAGGAGAACAAAGAUGUGCCGGAAACCGUGGUUUCCACAGGACGAUACCUACCUCCACCACUAAGGAAUGCUGCGAACAUGGCAGCUGCCCUCAGCGGAUCUACCGGUUCGGAAAAACGUUCUUUCGACGGACAUACCGUUCGUGUGUCCAACCUUCCGUCGGACACCGUUACAGAAGACCUGAAGCUUAUAUUCAGUCCAUUUGGACAAGUCACACGAAUUUAUCCAGCAAAGGACAAGGUGACUCAACAAAACAGGGGUUUCGCCUUCAUUUCUUACGCGACCGAAGCGGAGGCGAAAGCAGCUAUUUACGGGGUCAACGGCCUCCGUCACAACCAUGUCGUUUUGAAAGUCGACUGGGCAAGACCAUCUGCGAACUGACUUGUCUCUUGGAAUAAUGUCUUCAGGAGGACAGAAGCUGUUUAUGUUACCAAUGGCUCUUCGCCGUUUUCUGGAUCGACUUUCUCAGUUGUAUGCCCCAUUUUUGAUCGACUGGAGCCCUAAAUAAAAUCAUUCGCUAUCAAAAAUUAAUACACAAGGAUACUUUUGCAAAACCUCUGAUUUGUUGGCUUUCUACGUGAUUUUGUAAAUGCAUCUGUCAAAUCUCGGGAUUCCCACUCGUCU